UGCGCAGCCCUGCUGAAUCCACAUCCGGGUCCUGCGCUGCUGCUGGUGUGCAGAGAUUCGGUCCCGAUCGCAGCGGACCAAAAUAGCGGUCAAACCCGACAAUUUACACGUCCAGGACGCAGCAUAAAUGGGAAUUAUGCAUCCCUGGUUUAAACAGAUAAGGGUGAUCCGCUCUUUCACAGACUGAAUGCAGAGCAAAAUAAUCCGCCAGCCUGUCUCUCUCUCACCACCGCCGUGCUCAGUUUAUAUCUCUCUCUUUCUUUUCGUCCUUCUCUUUUAUCUGUUUUUUAGCUUCUCCGCAAAAGAACUGACCAGGAAUUAUUUUUAGUGGAUUCCUAAGCAGCAGUGAUGGGUGCAUUUCUGGACAAGCCAAAGAUGGAAAAACACAAUGUCCAUGGUGAAGGCAACAGCCUGCGCUAUGGCCUGAGCAGCAUGCAGGGCUGGCGUGUAGAGAUGGAGGAUGCGCAUACUGCUGUCAUCGGUCUGCCCAAUGGCUUGGACCCCUGGUCAUUCUUUGCUGUUUACGACGGGCAUGCAGGAUCGCAGGUGGCACGUUACUGCUGCGAGCACCUCCUGGAGCACAUCACCAGCAACCCUGACUUUCAGGGCGGAGGAGGAGGUCCACCAGUGGAGCCCAGUGUGGAUAGCGUGAAAUCUGGAAUCCGUACUGGUUUCCUGCAGAUCGAUGAUCACAUGCGUCAGAUCUCAGAGAAGAAGCACGGUGGUGCUGACCGCAGUGGCUCGACGGCUGUCGGUGUGAUGAUCUCACCCCGCCACAUCUAUUUUAUCAACUGUGGAGACUCGCGAGGUUUGCUGAGCCGUGGAGGGGCUGUGCACUUCUUCACACAGGACCACAAACCCAGCAACCCCUUGGAGAAGGAGAGGAUCCAGAACGCUGGGGGAUCUGUGAUGAUCCAACGUGUCAAUGGGUCCCUGGCAGUGUCCAGGGCUCUGGGGGACUUUGACUAUAAGUGUGUUCAUGGUAAGGGUCCCACGGAGCAGCUGGUGUCACCGGAGCCCGAGGUGUAUGCUAUCGAGCGGUCAGAGGCGGAGGAUGAGUUUAUUGUUCUUGCUUGUGACGGGAUUUGGGAUGUGAUGGCCAAUGAGGAGCUGUGCGAUUUUGUUCGUUCACGACUGGAGGUGACUGAUGAUCUGGAGAGGGUCUGCAAUGAAAUUGUAGAUACCUGUUUGUAUAAGGGAAGUCGUGACAACAUGAGUGUUGUGUUGGUGUGUUUUGUUAGUGCACCGAAGGUUUCCCCUGAAGCUGUCAAAAGGGAAGCGGAGCUUGAUAAAUACCUAGAGAGCCGAGUAGAAGAGAUCCUGAAGAGGCAGGGGGAUGAAGGUGUUCCCGACCUGGUACAUGUGAUGCGCACGUUAGCAUCUGAUAGUAUCCCCAACCUACCACCUGGAGGAGAGCUGGCCAGCAAACGGAGUGUAAUUGAAGCAGUAUACAACAAACUUAACCCAUACAGGAACGAGGAUACAACUUGACUGAAAAUCAGGCACCUUGGGUGCUCUUUACUUCAGCACUCAGCACUUGAUUCUGAUGCUUUUCAUGACUACCAACCUUGACCUGCCACACCUCAGGCUGUUCUUCCAGUUCAUGUAUUUUUACAAACCGGUUCAAGCCUUCCCAAAAUAUUCAUGUCAUAUUCAUGUCAUAUUUAUGUUUAUAAGGGGCAGUUCAGCCUGCUGAAGUGUGAACCCUGAUUGGUUGGUGUGCAUAUUGAUGGGCUUAUGCUGUUUGAUCCAUUGGUGAUAUUUUUCUUUCUUUUGGGGUGGUGCUUUGCUUUUAGGUGUAGUCUCAUAGAUCGCUGGGGCUGGGUACACCCUUACAGGAACCUGUAGGUUUUUGAGGAAGAGUUUUUAAAAAUGUAUAUAUUCAGUUUACAGUUCUACAAAAUAAUGAGGGUCCCUGUGAACUGGUGUAAAAAGGCCCAGAGAAGCUGUUGUGACUUUAAUGCUUUUAUUCCAAAUACAGGACUUGCAUUUGAAUUGUCUUAGCAACAGUUUUAGUCCAAUAACUGAGCAAAUCUGAAUUUAGGAAACUGUUACAAUAGAACCACAAUAAAUCUGUCUUUUGGAUCACUCUGGACCAAAAUAUGUAUAUCAUUGAUAUAGGGCACUGUGAUAUAACCAAAACUGAGAUCUCAAUUGCUUUUAUUCUUUUUUUUCCAUAUUCAGUGUAGUAUGUGUUUUUCCCCAACCCAGGGAAGCAUCCUCUCAAGUAAUAGUAAUAAACAGCAGUAUUUACAUACCUAAACACUACCAUCCAAAAGUUUGGAAUCAGCUAGAUUUAAAAUUAAUAAAUGAAGACCGAUAUUCCCAUUGUUAAAAAAAAAAAUCCAUUACAAAUAAAUGCAGUUCUUUUGAACUUUCUGUUAGUCAAAGAAUCCUUAAGUAUAGUUUCCACAGAAACGUUAAGCAUUACAACUGUUUUCAAUAGAUCGUAAUAAGAAAUGUUUCUUGAACACCAAAUCAGCAGAUUAGCAUGAUUUCUGAAGGAUCAUGAGACACUCAAGACUGGUGUAAUGAUGCUGAAAAUUCAGCUUCACCAUCACAGGAAUGAAUUACAAUGUAAAAUAGAAAAUAUCUAUUUAAAAUUUUUGGUAAUAUGUGGUAAUGUUACUGUUUUACUGUAUAUUCAAUUGAUCAAAUAAAUGAUUAAAUACA